ACUAGGAAGAGCCCAGGAGCCCAAAGAAGUGCGGCCCUCAUCCCUGGAGGAACAACACAGGAAAUGUGUGUAAUGCUAACAGCGGAGAGAAACAUGCUUCGCAUCAGCAGCAAUUAAAACGGAUGGGCAGCAUCGUUGGAACCAUGGGGUGCAGCAGUUCUGUAGCUGACAGGAAGUCAGAGAAUGUCAUUAGAGCUGCAAUCCUCAUCCAGAAGUGGUACCGCUUUACCAUGGCCCGGCUGGAGAUGAGGCGCCGCUAUUCGCUCAGUAUCUUUCAGUCCAUUGAAUAUGCUGAUGAGCAGGAUCAACUACAGCUAUCCAACUUUUUUACAUUCAUGCUGGAUCAUUGUAAUCAUCCCGAUUCAGUUUCUCAAAUUUUGACCAGCCCUAGUGCUCCUCAGGUGGUGGAUGAAGACUUAUGUUUAAAAGAAUUUGAAAAGAAGAUUGAUGUUCCAGACUCCUAUUAUGGACCACGACUCUCAUUCCCCCUUACUGUUGAAGAUGCCAAUGCUCUCCUUCAUGCUUUCAGGAAUGAACAGCUGCUUCACGCCCGCUAUGUACUGCAGCUGCUAAGUGAAACUAGGAGGGUUCUCAAGGAGAUGCCAAAUAUCACCCAUCUUUCAACUUCCUACUCCAAGGACAUAACUGUCUGUGGAGAUUUGCAUGGAAACCUGGAUGAUCUUUUGCUGAUAUUCUAUAAGAAUGGUCUGCCUUCAGAACAAAACCGCUAUGUCUUUAAUGGUGAUUUUGUCGACAGAGGGAAAAAUUCUAUGGAAAUACUUAUAAUCCUAUUUGCAUUUCUUCUUAUCUAUCCCAAUGAUUUACACUUGAAUAGAGGAAACCAUGAAGACUACAUCAUGAACCUGAGAUACGGCUUCACAAAAGAAGUUUCAAAGAAGUACAAGGACCAUUGGAAACAGAUUUUGUGUCUUCUGCGAGAUGUUUUUAGCUGGCUUCCCCUUGCCACUAUAAUUGAUAGCAAAGUUCUUAUCCUACAUGGGGGAAUUUCAGACACCACAGAUUUGGAUUUCCUGAAUGCACUUGAGAGAAAUAAGUUGAAAUCUUUGAUGCGGCCACCAAAGUCAGUGAGAGACAGACAGGACCAAGUGAAGAAGAGAAUCCCCACACCCAAACCCACUAAACACAUUGCCAACCAGCACGUUGCAGGGAAGACACAACACGUCUCUUCAUCGGGCCUCACUGAGCCUUCAGGCUCGAAUUUGCCUCCAGACCCCGCCCUGAAGGAAUGGAAACAAAUCCUUGACAUUCUGUGGAGUGAUCCAAGAAGCCAAAAUGGCUGUACACCAAACAAGUGUCGAGGGGGAGGCUGUUACUUUGGUCCUGAUGUCACUGCCAAGCUGUUUGAGAGGUAUAAUCUGAAGAUGCUCAUCAGGUCUCAUGAAUUUAAGCCAGAAGGUUAUGAGAUCAGUCAUGAUGGGAAGGUGAUCACCAUAUUCUCUGCCUCUAACUAUUACGAAGAGGGCAGUAACCGGGGCGCUUACAUCAAGCUGAACCCCGAGCUGACCCCUCGGUUUGUGCAGUACCAGGUCAGCAAGCUCACGCGCAGGCAGAAUCUCCGGGAGAGGGUAGGUACAAUUGAAUCAUCUGCCUUAAGGUCCUUACGGGAGAAGAUUUAUGCUCACAGGUCUGAGCUCACCAGUGCUUUUGCACAAUACGAUGUAAAUGGAACAGGCAGGAUUUCUGUCAAUGACUGGGCUGCAGCGAUGGAGUCUGUCCUACAGCUGGAGCUGCCCUGGAGGAUGCUGCGGUCCCAGUUAGCACAGAUGAACCCAGAUGGAGAAGUUGACUUCAUGUCAUGUUUUUAUGAUUUGAAAAUGGGUCAACCUAUAAAAGAGGCUCAGCCAGCUUUGGCGGAAACACUGUGCAGAUACAGAAAGGAUCUGGAGAUCAUCUUUAACAUCAUUGACAAAGAUCACUCAGGUUUGAUUUCUCUUGAGGAAUUCAGCCAGACAUGGAGACUCUUUACUUCUCACCUGGGCAUUGAUGUACAGGAUGACUCCAUUGACAAGUUAGUCCUCAGCAUAGACUACAACAAAGAUGGCCACAUUGACUUCAAUGAAUUUUUAGAGGCCUUUCACGUUGUUCACAGACUCGAGAAAAAGGCAACCUCAUGAAAAGGCAGAACUUCUUGUGGGUUGCCUUGGAAGCUCAGCUUGCUGUCAUUACUCAUAAAAGGGCUGCUCGAUAGGGUCACUGUGCAAGCCUUUAUUUAGCCCUUCCUGGAUGAUCUGUACCUGCUAAAAAUGGGACAGAGGAGAUGAAAACCCACACUUACAGUAUUACUGUGUCACUGCCACACACUGCCCCUCCUCUUGGUGGCAUCUCCCCCAUCAGUCUGAUCCCUGGGCAUGGCCAACGUCAUGCCUACAGUGUAGGAAGAGCCUUUGGGAGGUGUCUCUCGCAGUCCUUGGUGACAGCUGAGAUAACCACAAGGAACGCACCAGACCCACCCUGAUGGAACAGGCACAGGAGAGGCUGGCUGAGGGGUGUCCCUUGCAGGAGAGGAAAACAGGGACAAAGCAUCUGGUUAAAAUGGGUAGUCCUGCAUUUAAUCUUGCUCUUUGCAUGGUGCAGAGGAAUUAAAUCACUCCAGGUCAAUCUCUUAUCCUUCCAAAUGUUUACAGGCACAGCUUAGAGGAUCUUGGUUGAAAGGUUUACACUUGCACUAGAUUGCCUCUUACCUCUGGUUACUUUUCCCCACAUUUGUUGGGAUUUGGAGCUAUGAAACAGUCAUAACUAUUUUCAGAGGGAGCCAGGCUCUUCAGGGGUGCUGAGCAACAGGACCAGAGGCAAUGGGCAGAAACUGAUGCACAGGAAGUCCCACCUGAAAAUGAGGAAGAACUUUCCUGUGCAGUGACCCAGCACUGGAACAGAAGGCCCAGAGAGGGUGUGGAGUCCCCCUCACUGGAGAUACUCAAGAACCAUCUGGAUGUAGUUCUGUGCUAUGUGCUAUGGGAUGACCCUGUCUGAGCAGGGAGCUUGGACCAGAUGAUUCAUUGUGGUCUCUUCCAACAUGACUGUUCUGGGAUUCGGCGAUUCUGUGAUAACCUGUAUCCUUAACGAAGGCUAAAUCCACAGCAUGUUAAUGCCACACAUGACAGAUCACAGAAUAAAGCUUCAGCUUUCUCAGCAAUGCCUAGGUGGGCUCUUUGCCUGUGUUUUGGUACCCUGCCCCAAUCACCACAGAACACUCUUCCUGAAGAUGAAUUGGGUUUCUUAGAAACAGAGAUGAGUAAGAACACAAGAGUAAACAUAUUUUGAUACUAGUUAAAUCUAAAUGUUCUUGCAUAUAGUUAAACAUAAAUUCUUUACCAAGAAAAGGAAACUGUGAAAUUCUGAAACUGAGUUGUUAGAAGGCAGCAAGAUGGAAGAUUCUUGUACUGACAUUCCUGUCUCCUUUCCCUGACUGCAAGUCAAUAUUCCCAUUCCUGCCAGUACCACCCUGUCAGUUCCCAAGGGGGAGAAGUCAGGAGAUCUGGACCUAAUUCUCUUGCAUCUUACACUCAGAAAGCAACAUCAGGUCAGGAGCUUUUUGGUAACUGUAUUACCUCAUUCAGCCUCAGUAAAUCCAAUGCACAUGAAGUGCUUUUUGAGUAAGAAAAAGUUCCAACCUAGUCCCUCUUUAAAUUUUAAUAGCUAAAGAUGAGCUAAGCAAAGUAGCUCGGUUUCAGUUAAUAGAAGUGUUGAAAGCACCAAAAAAGCAUCCUUCCAAGCUUAUCAUCCAAGAAUGUAACAGCAGCCCAAGCUAAAGGCACUGUUUGUCUCUCUUAAAUCUUAUUUUCUACUAUUAAAUACAGAACACUUUUCUAGAAGUAUUUUGUAACUUAGAUGAAUGAACAAACAUGCACACGCUUACUUCUACUGCCUUGGGGGAGGGAAAAGAAAAAUCUUUAAUAGUACAAAAUUUACAGUAAAACUUUAUUGGCAUUGGUAAUAUAUAAUGUAUAUUUUUAGCAUGCAGUUAUUCUGAUCUAUGCACUGUGAUGAUCAGUCCCACCUUAUUCCAGUGGAGUGACUCCACUUCUUCAAAUGGAAAAGGCUCCACUUAAAAUGGCCAAACACCACUGUGUGGUGGGAUCUUGCUUCCCACUGUUGGCUUCCAUGUGGUGGGUGUGAAGUGACAAGGUGGAACUGACACUGCAGCUCUGGAGUCCCCCUUGGCCACCUGCCCCAGUAGAGGACAAAGCUAGGCUGUACAGUGAGCUCUGAAGGAUGGCUGGCAGCCUGCAGUGUGGAUGUCCCCCAGUAAGGACACUGAACCUGGUGUGAAGGGGACUGGCCUCACAGGAUCACUUCCUGAGAGGGGAUGCCAAGGUACAGUCACAGCACAGCUUCACUUGGCAGGCAGUGAGAGCCCUUUGGGAUGCAGGACUGAGGCAUGAGAGGAGCUGAAUCAUUGAGCUGAAAAAGCAAGCACUGUCCUGUCAGCUGCUGGUGGCACACAGAGCCCCCUGACAGAAGGGGUAACUGUGAAACACCUAACGCUGGGAGUAAAUGCCCUUGAGACUGAAACUGGGAGUGGGAAAAAGCCCCGCUGCUUGUACUUAAAUACAAACUGUUUGAGCCAAAGCUCUUCUGUAACUGCCAUCCUCAAUCCCUUUUUUUCAGUCUUGAUUCCAUGCAGCAGCUACUUAAUACUCCAGAUGUGAGCAGUGCCUGAAUCAGCCUGCAGACGAGUGCCAAGCUCUCACCCUACAGCUACAGAUGCCACCACUGCUAGCAUCUCUCUCCUGCUUUCUGGGCAACUCUGCUCCUGCCUGCCAACCCUCCAAAAAGGGCCCAAGGUUGGACCUGGACUGACUCAAGGCCCUGGCUACUGCCAGAGGGGUGACACAUUCUGCAGAGUCCCAUGGCCCCAUGGGGCAGGGUCAGCUGUUUCACUACCCCACAGAAAGUGGCUGCCCCUUUGCAGGGCAGCUGAAGACUGGGUGGCUCAGCUGCACCUUCCAGGAACAGGCAGGACUCUUUCCCAAGAAAGGAGACUACAAUUAGCAGGAGAGAAGUCAGACAAACUUUGUACUCCACCCCUUGAGUUUUCAGAGUUACCCGUGGGACCAGCAGCUGAGGGAGAUCAGUGGUGCUUUUGAUGUGUUGAGUUUGACAAACCCUUGUCCCUGUCCCCAGCGUGAGCAGGGAGACGCUGGCCUGGGGAGCAGGGCUAGGGCCAGCCUCUGGUGUGAGCUCUGGGCUGGACACAGAUCUUAUUCUGCCAAUUCCUCCCCCAGCCCCUUACCUGUCCCCAGGCACACCCGGCUGUCCCCAGCUCUGCACAGGUGCUCCUGACCCCACAGCUGCAAAUGCUUGGGGCAGCAGGGCCCGUCAGGCUGGCAUGAGCAGCUCUCAGGUCAGUCUAUUUUAGUUCACUAAUGCCCUUGUUCCUGAGGUACAGCGUGGGUUUGUUCACCUUUGCCUUCUCUCCAUAAAUGAGUUUCCAGGGACUGGGAGCUGGCAGUGUCAUCCUCUGCUGGCUCCCCAGGGAGGCUGCACAGCCAAGGAGAGCCUCUGCUAGUUAGCUCAGCCCUGCACAAACUGCAAAGUCAUCCUGCACUUGAGCUGGAGCACACCCUGGCCCCUGCCAGUGCCAGCUCUGCUCUGCAGCAGCCUCUCACACACAGGGGAUCCUCAGCAAGGCAGGGGUCUGUGUAAAACCUGAUUUACAUAAUUGGGUUUGCACUGCAGGCAGCUCUCCAGUUGCAAUGGUUCUUCACUCUGAGCAGUAACAGCAGCAAGGUGCAGCUGUGCCUGACCCUGCCAGUAACACAGCUCUGCCUUCCACUGGCCUUGUGUUCGAGCACCACCCUUCUCCACCAGGUACCUGAACUCUUCAAAUUACCACAAAAAUGCUUUCCAACCGCCUGCAUUCCACGUGGUAAUCCAUUGUGAUCAUCCUGAAUACACACCAUAACCUAGGUCAUACUGUGAAUUUGAUAUUAAAGACACCAGUGACACUCCCAUUCAAAAACAAAGAAGUGUUAAGGGGUGUCCAGGUACGUUAGGCCAUACAUUUCAUUCCUUUAGACUUCAGUGCAGCUGCAUGGAAAACCAACAUUAGCCUUCUUGUUUCUGAAAACAAAUUCACACAGUAGGUAAAAAACAACAAAAAAAUAGAAGUCUGAACAAAAAGUCAUGUUGCAUCUCUCUCAAUCUAGGAUUCCAGAAGAAAAGCAAAAAUUACUGUUACUACUUUUUGUGUGAUACUGGGUAGAAUAAAAAGUCAUCACCUUGCUCUUGUGAUUAUGCUCUGCACUGCCACAUCUGCUUAAACUAAACAAAGGAUUUUAAUUCCUUUUACUGGGAGACAAGCCAAGUGAGCUCUCACAAUACAUAUGAAAAGGUAAAAAACCCAAACCAAACAAUAACAAAGGCAAAGCCUUACAAAACAGGCACCAUGCCAAUAAAAUAACUUCCACACCCAAGUGCUAAUUGUACCUGAACUGUCACUUUAUACUGGCCCCUGCACAGGCCCACAGUUCCCAUGGUGGUUAACACAGAGCUCCUGGUCCUGUGGACUGCCAAACUCCUCUGGUCUCUGAAAAAACAUGAAAUCACCUCCCACUAAGGCCUCCCACACCCUCUUGAGCCAGUUUCCAGCUGCUGCUACUGCAGCAGUGACUGUGUGGAGGGACAGCAGGCAGGGCGUCACGGCCUUUGGAGCUCAGACCUCCCAGGCCCAUGAGGGCUGGCAAGUGAGACAGGACAUUUCUUCUACUGGAAAUGAAAACCUCACUCUCAAAACCACCACACACCAUUGUUACUAAAAAAAACCCAAA